AUGCGUAAUAUCACAGCUGGACAGCGCGGCGUUGAAGGUGUAAUGAUGGCGGGCUCAUCUCUAUUGCGUGCAUUGCUUGGAUACGGAGGUUCUAUGGAGUGCCAGAAUGAGCAGGUGAGUGUUACUGGACGCGCGUUUAUAUUGACAGGUGCCACGGACUGGCAGUCAUCGGAGAGGGACUUAGGUGAUUCAGUGAUUCUACAGCAGCGGUUAUACGGUCCUUUUUGGUCUUGGGCUCAUGAUAUUCUUCUGAAUGAUUGGGACCAUAUGAUUCCUUACGUAGUUAAACAAGAGUGGGAGAGGCAAGGUGGUUGUCGAACAGUUGCUACCCUUGCCCGAAUUGCUGCUAAGAUCGGACAAGUUCAAAUUCCUACCAUGUCCUAUUAUGAUUGUUCGUCUGAAAAUGAUACUGAAACAAUAGCGUUCACAGAAGAAGUGUUCGAGUCAGUGGCGAGUCGUCACUGUCUUCAAGCGGAUGGUCUUAGAUUCGGCCUAUUUGCGAGAGAGUUCCAAGGCGCUUUGUCCUUCGCCAUGCGAGACUUUCUUCUUGAUCAUGUAAAGGACGGUACCGUAGGUAGCAUGGAAGCCCAGGGGCAAGAAGUGAAAGUGGAGUCGUGGCAGGAAAUAAAAAGACGUCUUCUCCACCGGCUUUGUGACGAGGGAAGGAGAACUGGAGCCAACCAAAAAAACAAGACUCCAAUAAAGAUUCCAACGGGAAUCAAAGAAUGGGCCCGCAACAUUCGGAAGGUCCGAAAUAUCAUCGGGAAAAGAGAGUUUGAGAAGAGACUGGCCAGCAUAAAAUAUGGAGAUAUCAUAUCAGCGUUACCAGUAACGAAUCUAGAGAGCUGUAUCCAUACGGUAUGGUUAAAUCGACUCUCGCAUCUGCCGUGUUAUUCAGUCCGUCUGUACGGUCCGCUGGACUCAGAUGAACGUCCGGACCGCUCCGGUUACCGUGCUGUCGAGUCCUGCCGAAGGGCGACCAGGGCGUAUUUCGAAGAGAAAGGUAAUCAGCUUAAGCCUCUGACGAACGAAGUGGACGAAAUUGUAGCUGAAAUUAUUAGGAAAGAACUCUUGCCGGAUUGGGCCAGGCUCGGGCUGACGGAAAGAGUAAUUGACUAUAUACUGAGAGAUUGGACACCGCCUUCAAGCACAGUAUCUCCGGAUGAGAUCGUUGCGUGUCGAGAGAUGGUUCCGUCUUUUUCGGGGACGGUAUCUGUCGCAGGAUCAGAAAUGUCUACACCGCAAGCCAGCAAUGUGUUAUUCCAAUCUCCUGAUGGGAUGAUCGUGCGGGUGUCUACCGAGGUGUCUACGGAGAUGUCUACAGAGGUGCCUACAGAGGACAUAUUUGCCGUAGAGGCGGCUAAGAUACGUCGUCGAGAGAGCCGCCACAGAUUUUCUGCGCAGACCCGGAUGGAUAAGUUGAUUUUUUUGGCUAAGUCUCAGGCACUCGAGUCAGGCAUCAUGCCAGAGGAAAUUAGUGGAUUAGGUAUGCCAUUUGUUAUCUCAAGAGAAUUUCCACGACUCGUUCCAUUGGGUGCGCUGAUGUGGGCUUACGACGUCCUCAAGUACGACUUACUCCAUGUAUUACCAACACCUUACCAAUACUCUUUGACAAGAAUUCCUUCGGUUGUAGAACUGGCUAUGUAUGCAACGACCAGGCUACGCAAGCAACGACAACUUGGUUGUUACCCAUCUGAAUUAUACUACGACUUUCAGGAAGUCACGGACUUUCGCACCUGGUCAAAUAUCGCCAUCGAACAUCGGCUCCUCCGAUCACAGACCAUGGAACGACGAAAACUGUGUUUACCCGAUUCUAACGAUCUAUGCGGCUUGGCUAGAUCAGCGUGGGCGGAUCGUCUUCUAGGAAUGUGCUGGGGUAAUGCGAGCCAAGUCGGUGAACCAGAUGAGAUGGUACCCAAACACGUCUUUCUGGCCAUCGUUUAUUCGCACAUAUGCGAGGCUAUACGAUAUGACCCCGCUUCUUCUUAA